GUGCACGGAUCUUUGUUUACGAUUCCGAUCAGAGUUGAUUUUUUGAGAAUAACUGUUCAAAAUGCCAGGAAUUGAAGAUUGGCUCAACCGUCCGCUGGACAUUGUCCAGGGUUUGUUUGAUAUAACUGACAAAGGCUGGUCAGAUAAAGUGACAGACUACUUCACCAAAAAGCUUGAAGACAAAGGUUCUUUGGAAUGGGUGCCGUCCCUCAAUCACAGAUCCUUGCAUCUGUUGAAACCAAACACCAUGGUCCGGUUCCGUUGCAUGAUUCAGGACAUGUACGACCCUGAGUUUUAUCUCGGAGGUUAUGAAGUGGUUGACAAGACUACAGGCCAAGCUAUGAUGAAAUCAGGAAAGUUCCAAGAUCUCGCAGAGUGUUCUCAGAACCAGAAGUUGAAUCUUGAAUCGCCGAAGAACAUCACGUUAGACAGACAGACAUUCUACUGCGUCCCGGUUCCAGCAGAAACAGCCUGGGUCAAACAAGCCUUUUCUGAGCACUGUCGCCACCAAACAUCGGAACCAUCCACCUCGCAAGGUUCAAGGGUCAAGAGGGCACUGGAGGUCGAUGACGCGGCCCUGACAUCCACACAAUCAAAAAGUCCAGAUCAGUCUGGUACCCAGCAGAGUGAUGUACCAAUGGACACAGUAGCAGGAGACGAGAACCAGUCCGAGAAAAGAACAAGAAGGUCAGAGGGCUCAGGUCAGGGGUCAGUGACCUCAGUUGACCUGAACUACCCCCUCCCAGAUGAGAAUGGGCCAGCCUGUAUGGUGAAGGUGUAUGAUCAAUUUGAUACUUUCCGAGUGAACGACGUUGUUGAGUUUAUUGGCAUAUUGUCGGUCGACCCGGAGUUAGCCAACUUGCCUGGGCAUGCUCAAAAUGGUGAAGCAUCUUCGGACAUGGAAGGAGUAGAUGAGUUUAUGGCGGAGCAGACAGCGCACUCCCCACCUCCAUCACUGGUACCCCGUCUCCAUGCCAUCAUAUCGCACAAACUUCAACACAAUAACCCUUUGAUACCAGUUAAUUUUAAUACAGAGCAAGGCAAGACAUUGAUGCAAAGUGUGAUGAGCGAAGCUGGCACUACUAGGGACCAGCUCAGAUUUGUCCUACAGCAACUGCUCUUUGGGGACGCUCUUGCCGCAGACUACCUGUUACUCAACCUGGUGUCAUCUGUAUAUGCCAGAAGAGACGUUACAGCCCUCGGGAAGUUUUCAUUAAAUUUGAUUGGAUGUGCAGAGCCCGGCUUCAGCCAAUCACUGCACAGUGUGCUCAGCCAACUGCUAACCAAAUCACACCAUCUUCCGCUGUCGCUAGAAAACAUGAACAAACUCCGCCUGACACCAAAGAAGGAUUACACAGCCAACAGACUCAAGAGUGGGAUCCUGCAACUCAGCGGAAAGACUCACUUGGUACUCGACGAGACGGCUCUGCAGCCUGGACAACUCGACACAAAUGGUGUUCAGAAUCUGACGGCUAUUGGAAAUGCCAUCUCCUGGCAGAAGAUUGAUUAUGAUUUUGAGUUCCACAAGACGGAGUUCAUGACGAAUAUCGUCUUCGUCAUCACCUCGGAGGGAAAGUCUCUUUUACCGAAUGAUUGCCAGGUUGCAAUAAAACGCAGCACGUCGUCGAAGAGCAUCGCUGACAUCCAGAUGAGCAUUCAGAGCCUGAUUAGCUCAGGCAGCAUUAAUCUCAACCAGAUCAGGACAUAUCUAGGGGUAAUCCCCUUCAUAGAUUACAGCUUAUCAGAUGAGAUGUCCAAGGUAGUUGAGCAGGAUUUUGUUGACGCUCGGAAAUCUGAUCCCGGUAAAAUGACACAGGAAGAUUUCCAUUCGUUGCUAGUAACUGCAAGGUUGUUGAGUAUCUCAAUGGGUCAAGCAUCGCUGACGAGAGACAUAUGGGGGAGGGCUAAGAGAAUGGAGCAAGAGCGAAAAACUCGUCUGAAGCAGGCGAUCUCGACAUCCCAGCCCUGAAAUAUCCCGCCUCCACAGAUCUUCACGAGAAGUACAUUACAGUUUGAUCCUACUAGCAAAGAAAGCAACCGGUGUGGCGGGAGACUCUGUCCCCCCUGGAGUUUCUGUCGCUCCAUUAUGGCGAACUGUGUACAAACUUCUUCUGAUAGCGCCCUCUUUUGAGUAAUCUUCAUUCCAGUCCAUGUUACUUUCCCAUAUUGGGGACAGAUUUCCCUUGGACGCAGAUUUCCCUAUGACACUGGUUUUGUUUGUCUGAUGUGAAGGUCUUCUUUUUUCCCUUUGGGGAGGUAGUGCUUUCUGCUCUACCAGCCAGGCUUUGGAUUGAUGAUACCCAAGCCUACAUCCGUAUGGACUGUAAAAGGGGUAACCCUGUUUCAGCCCUAGGAGUAGGUGGCAAUGGCCUCUGGAAUAUAAUAUUUGUAGCCCACGCCUUAAAGUGACCUUAAAGUGGCCUUCAGGCCUUGUGUGUCUGGAGCUGGAAUAACAAAACAAAAACAAAAAUUUAAAAAAAUGUCUCUCUUUGAACUUUUCAGGCCGCAAGAUUUUGUAUUUUACCAAGUCUUUAAAAAGUAUAUUUCAUUAUUGCUGCAUUCAUUUAUGAAGUUUGUGAUUUUGAAGUUGUGCUUUAUGAACUUAUUUAUGGCAUAAAAAUAGUUUGCUUUGGAACUGCUUUCCGUGAUUUACAGGAAUUGUAUUAUGUGGUGUGUCUUAGCCAAGCAGUUAAAUGCACUCAAGCUGUGGUGUUUAUGGUCAACAGAGUCUGGGUUUGAGUCAUUUGGUCUCAAUAAUAAUAAUGAUGAUAACAGUUAGUUUUUAUAUAGGGCAUUUGUCACGCCCGAAGGGUGUCCCGAAGCGCUUCACAUUAUUACCCCUGGUCACUGGGCCUUUAUUCAUUCCUUAAACCAUGAAGCUAUCUCAGCUCC